UCGAAACAGAACCCAUUGUGGUGUUGAAGAGGAGUGAGCUGCUGUCUGAGAGAACACGAAGGGGGCGAUUACGUGGCCACAAAGGGAGCCGUGACCAGCGGACGCAUGUGGACGUGAGCGGCCGACACCGGCGCCGGGUUUCUUUGUGACGAGGACCGCGUCGUUCAGUCGGAGAGACCCGGUAUCUGAAGAGUUAAGACUAGACAUCCCAACUGUUUAUCCCCGCAGCUAGCUGGCUAGCUGGCUAAAAACCCAGGAGCUAAACACGGGGAGCCCGUGUGACUUUGCCUCGUAGAGGUCUUCGUCGAGCUUUGAAGAAGCUGCCCGUUUGCUCUCGAUACGCUCGGCCGCGAUUUCACUAGUACCCGUCGCGAGUAGACGCAACUUUGAAGAACGAAAUCAAGUGAUCGCUGGGCAUUUCGACCACGACGGAGCCCGGGGAGCGAGGAGGAAAAGUGUGCCAGGCCUGCUGGCUCGAGGUUGCAAACAAUCACCAAGAAAGGAGAACAUGAGUCACUGGCCUCUGCCAGAGAACAGCAUGGGGCCGCUGUGCCAGCCCUUCUCAUGCCUGCCGGUUUAGAAGCUACCCUGCUCCACCAUGACGGAGAGGCAUUGAGGUUGGCUCCCUGACCAUCAUCUCAAUACCUCUCCUCCUCCUCCCAGUCCCUCGAGACCCCCUCCCCCCCCCGACCCCAGCCCGUCCCCAUCAUGCUGCGCUUCUUGCCUCUCAAACUGGGCCGCCUGUAUCGCUGUCUGAAGCUCCUGCUGGUGCUGGGGUUGUUCGUCAUCCUGCUGAUGAACACUCACAACCUGUUCGCCUCCUUCCAGAAGAACGAGCUGACCGACAGGCGCUUCAUCAACCUCAACAAGUGUCCCGCCUGCUUCGGCACCAGCUGGUGCCGCAAGUUCAUGAACGGCCAGGUUUCCUUCGAGACCUGGGGCCGCCUGCGUUUCCUGGACGUGUUCAAUGUCAAGAAUGUUUACUUUGCUCAGUACGGCGAGCCCAGGGAGGGCACCCGGCGCGUGGUGCUCAAGCGGCUGGGCUCCAACCAGGAGUUGGCUGAGAUCGACCAGAAAAUCUGCAAGAGGGCCACGGGGAGGCCGCGGUGCGACCUCAUCCAGGCCAUGUACAAGACUGAAUUUGCAAGGAUCAACGGCGACGUCCGUCUGCUCACUCCAGAGGUGGUGGAGGGCUGGUCAGACCUGGUCCACUGCCCCUCACAGAGGCUGCUGGACCGCGUGGUCCGCAGGUAUGCCGAGACCAAAGACUCGGGCAGCUUCUUGCUCAAGAACCUCAAGGACACUGAAAGAAUGCAGCUGCUCAUGACCUUGGCAUUUAAUCCUGAACCACUUGUCCUACAGAGCUUUCCGUCGGACGAGGGCUGGCCGUUCGCCAAGUACCUGGGAGCGUGCGGGCGCGUGGUAGCUGUCAACUACGUGGGCGAGGAGCUGUGGAGCUUCUACAACGCGCCCUGGGAGAAGAGGGUGGACCUGGCGCGCCAGCUGAUGGACAUCGCCGAGCAGCUCACCAACAACGACUUUGAGUUCGCCCUCUACCUGCUCGACGUCAGCUUCGACAACUUCGCAGUCGGCCCGCGCGACGGCAAAGUCAUCGUGGUCGACGCCGAGAACGUCCUCGUGGCCGACAAGAGGCUGAUUAAGCAGAAUAAGCCGGAAAGCUACGACGUGUGGUACGAGAGCCGCUUCGAGGAGUGCGACAGAGAAGCCUGCCUGUCCUUCUCCAAGGACUCCCUCUGUUCCAGGGUCACUGUGGACCACAACUACUAUGCUAUCUGUCAGAACCUGCUGUCGAGGUACGCUACGUGGCGGGGCACCACUGGAGGGCUCCUCCACGACCCCCCGGCUCACAUAGCCAAAGAUGGACAACUGGAGGCCCUGUUGGACGAGUGCACCAGACCCAAAAAGAGAUACGGCCGCUUCCAGGCGGCCAAGGACCUGCGAGAAUACCUCACGCAGCUCGCCGCUGCUUCCUCCUCCGCUACAGCCAGGUAAUGAAUGGAGUUGGCGCUAGCCCGUCGCACUGAGAGACUGGAUCCGCUUUAUCACCGGACUCCUGAGAUCCUGGUUCUUGUACAUGAUGUCAUUCACCCCCUUUUAUGCACUGGAGCAGGAAGGCGAGAGCGAUCUUGCAUCAGGAAGUGUAAGAAUCGAACUUCAAAGGCGAUUUGUUAAAGCUGUAGCUUUUACCUGACUUUGCUCCUGUGCGGGUGGAGGAGUGUGACGCUACCAGAUUCUCGUUAGAAUCAGGAUAAAGAGGGGAUCGAGAUAACUUCUCCUCUCCCAGGGUGGCCAUGCUGCGCCAGGGAUGGAGGCGAGAAAGGGCUCCGGUGAACGCAUCCUUCACUGUAUCCAGGCCGACACAAGCAGAGUAACCGAGCAGCAGUGGCAGCAGCCCUGACCGCAACCAAUCCCGCUCCUCAGUCCUCAAUCCAUCAGAACUGUUGUGUUCUAUAACAUUGAAUCUUAACGCUGACUCUUUCAUUUUUAUCCCCAGGAUCUCCUCCUUUUUAAUUUAUUUUUUUUCCAGGGCUGAAUUUAAGUAGAUUGGUGCGUUUACAUUUCUGCUGUGCCAUGCUUUUUUAUUUCCCGUAGCAUGGCUGAAGAGAAGGUGUGGGGGGGUUGGUAGAAUGAUUUUUCUACUGUACGGCGGCAGGAGAAGGCUCAGUUACAGCAGGUAGGAAGCAAAAGGGCGAGAGGGUUGGACAGGGGAAAAAAAUCCCUCAUGGCUGUCGAAAUCUAAUUUCCUGCUCCUUCAAUCAAUCAUUCAAUUUCCAGGUUGAGGAUUGUGGCAAUCAUGUUUUUAGCUUUGAGUGUUUUAAUAGGAACCAGACCGAAACAGCUGCACAUAGGAAAUGGGAGGCGAUAAUUAGACAGCGGUCCCUUGAUGCAGAUGUGCCUAUACCAAAGAGGCCAUGUGUAAUAUUAAGCCCAAGCAGAGCAGCGUGACAGCAGCUUACCUGCGGUCUCCCCCACUAGAGGCGCCCAUAGGUAACAUGUAUAGAGUCCUCUGAGCUGCCAGGCCUGCAUACUGAUCUGUCCUUCAGUAAGAACCAUGUAUGCAAAGCCAAGCCUGAGCACUAAAUGUUCCAUGAAGCCCUCUGCUUAGUUAAUCUGCCCCCCCAUGUUUCUUAAACAGGGUAAGAAAGAUCUGGACAAAAGGGAAAGCAGAAGUGAAGCGAUUACGAAGAGGGAGAGAACACAAUAAAACUUGAUAGCAGCAGCCUCCAGAGCCGGAAUCGCUUUAAUCUUUCUUCUGUAAUUGAUAAAUGAAUCCUAUUGUCGGACGUCUCCCGCCGGUGUCGAGUGCACCGAGCUCAAUCACGUAAAGGUUAAAAAUAGGAAUCAAGAUGUUCCAAAUUACUUUUAGCUCCAGAACCAGAUUCUAGCCUGUUCUUUUAAAUAUUGCAGCCCAGAAAUCUUUGAAUAUUUAAAGACGCAGCGCUGCUCAGAGGUUGGGCUGAUUUUUACACUCGGUGGGAGAACAAAUUCAAGCAUAAUCACGAAUGUGGGCUGAUUCACCGAUGCAGCAUGAGACAUUAUACUUAAGUAAGCAUAAAAAAACAGGCCUCCCCCUCAGGCCCUUUUUAUGCUUUGUAGGUCAUAUGUCAUCAGACGCUAAAUGCCCAGUGGAGUGUUUGUAGCACGGUCAGUGGGCAGGCCAGUAAUCACGGAAAUAUGAACCACUCCAUCUGCUGGGAAACUACAACGCUCGGUAGUUGCUUUUUGUUAUUUUAUUAUCUUUUUUUUGUUGUUGUCAUUUGUUUUGUCUUUUUUCGAGACCCGAGGAGCUGAUUCGGCCCAUGUCAGUUAGGAAAAGCAAUAAAGAGAAGUCAGGCUGGUGGAUUUCCGCUUCGGAAGCCUGCCUUCCCUUGUUUCUGGAGACACCUGGAGAGAUUUUUACAUGUGUAACUAACUGUCAACUUUUGUACUGUAAUUUUUCUUUUUGAGUAUAAUAUCAGCAUUGUCUGAUUUUUCCUGUGCCUUUCAUUCAAAAGUUGUAUUUACAACUUUUAGUGGGUUUAAAUAUUAAAAUAAAUGAAGAUAUAUAUAUAUAUAAAUAUAUAUAUAGAUCUAUACACUUA